UGCUCAGCUUUUAGACGUUUCUUCGGAAUUGUCAUUAAGAUGUCUUCUAUAACAUUAAAAGAUGUUGACCAACACAAAUUUGUUGCUUCAUUUUCCGCAUUUUUAAAAAAGAGUGGAAAGUUGAAACCCCCAGAAUGGGUUGACAUUGUUAAGAAUGGAAAAUUUAACGAAUUAGCUCCUUAUGAUGAAGAUUGGUUCUACACUAGGUGUGCGGCUACUCUUAGACAUAUUUAUUUCCGAUCACCUGUUGGUGUUGGUUCCCUUACUAAAAUUUUUGGAGCUCGCAAACGUAAUGGUGUGAGACCAUCACAUUUCUGUCGCAGUUCUGCAGGCAUCGCUCGUAAAGUUCUCCAAUCAUUGGAACAAAUUAAACUGAUUGAAAAAGUAGAAAAUAAUAAUGGUAGACGACUCACAUCUCAAGGCAGACGUGACUUGGAUCGUAUUGCAGCACAAGUUAAACAAGCUAAAAAGAAGAAGCAAGCACUAUUGGCUGCUGAAUCAGCUGGAUUCACUGUGCUUGUUCCGAAAACUGACUAAACAUCUAUAAGUUAAAUUAUAUUGUUUUGGAGACCAAAAGUAAUAAAGUACUUUUAUAAAUAUAA